UUCAUCACAACAGUCGUCGACCCUAUUUGUUAUUGAUAAUUAUCCCGAACAUUUAAUUAAAUUACAGCGUAAAUAUGUCCUUAAGAGCAUUAAAGAAGAAUACUAAGUGAAGAGAGAAGCAAGAUAUAUCAAUUAAUCAAGUUGAGCAGCACAAAUCAACUUUAAUAGUAAAAAUAAUUCAAGAACAACAAAAGUUUAUUCUAAUUUGCGGCAAUGGAUAGUAAAUACAAGAAAUCACGCGAUCAUUCACGUUCUCCUGAGCGAAGAAGCCAGUCAAGAAGUAAAAGCUAUAAUGAUCGUAAAAGACCAAGAAGCAUGGAACAGACUGAGGAUAAAAAUGUAAGAAGUAGAGACAAAAAUUAUGAUUCAAGAAAUCGAGAGCCUUUAAACAGAGAAUCCUCAUCCAGAUCUACAAAUAGAGACUAUCGACAUCGAUCAACAUAUUCAAACUAUUCUAGAAAUGACAGGAAUUACAGAAAAUCAAGAAGCCGUUCGAGAGAUAGAAGUGACAGACAUAGAAGAAGUAGAUCUAAAGAUCGUUAUAGCCGGUCUAGAGAAUCAUCUAGAAAAUCUCCAUACCGCUCAUCAUCACGUAGAUCACCAUCCAAUAAAAAACCUUAUGAUUCACAUGAAAAUUCUAAAAGCCGUCCCAAAGAAGGAAAAACUGAAACUCUUCUUGAGAAAUGGCGUAAAAACUAUUGCGAGACAUCCGAAGAAAUCACAAAAAAGUUGAUGGAAAUGGCUAAUGAAGUAGAAGAAAAUACAUGGAUAAGAUCCUCGCCAGCAGAAAUUUAUUAUAAGAAAAUAAAGGACAAUCUUGUUGAAGCAACUCCACGAUUAGAAGCUUUAUGCAAACUAUUUGAUGAGCAACUACUUCAAAGAGGCAAAAGGAUUCGAGCAACAAAUCCUCCUUAUAAUCCACCAGAUAGAAAACGUCGAAUGAGAGCAUGCAAACAUAAAUCUGAAGUAUGUUCAUCAUCAGAAUCAUCAGACGACGAAAUAGAAGAAGACAGGACAAUGGAAGAAUUGUCAAGAAAGACACAGCAUCCAUAUCGAUUACAUCCAGAUUUAUGGCAUAAUGAGCGUGGAGAAAUGAAUGAUGGACCAUUAUGCAGAUGCUCAGCAAAGUCUAAAAGAAGUGGAAUUCGUCAUGGCAUUUAUAAAGGCGAAGGAGGCUUUAAAAAAUGUGAACCAAACCUUAAUAAUGCUGAAAAGCUUUACCAUUAUCGAAUAACUAUAACGCCACCUACAAACUUCCUUACUAAAACGCCUACAAUUAUUAAAUAUGACGAGCAUGAGUUUAUUUUUGAAGGAUUUUCUUUAUUAACUCAUGAGCCAUUAGAUAGCGAGCUGUUGCCAACCUGUAAAGUCAUUAGAUUUAAUAUUGAGUAUACAAUACUUUAUGUGGAAGAAAAAAUGCCUGAAAAUUUCACUAUUCAAGAACUUGAUUUAUUCUUCAAUUUCUUAUUUGUUGAACUUUUGGAGCUGUAUGACUUUUCCUUGAAACCUUCACUUGCUGGAGACAAAGAUGCCGCAUGUGAUUGUUAUCAUUUCUAUCCACGCUUUGUUCGAGAACUGCCUGAUAAUGGAAAAGAGGUUUUAGCAAUGUCUCAUGUGUUGCGAUAUUUAUUAGAUAAUUCAGGUCCUUUAGUUGAUCAAAAGAUUCUUAAAGAAAAAGAUAAGAUGGGUCAGUUUGAGUGGCAGGAUUUUGUAGAUACAGUAAAGGGAAUGCUAGUCACAAAUCCAUCGUCUGUGCCUUCAUCAGUUCGAGUAGAUCAGCUUGAUCGUUCUACAGAAGACAUUCCAGCUUGUACUGACGAAACAGGCAUCAAUUUUCCAGCCAUCGUUCAUUUUGGAAUUCGUCCCCCACAACUGAGUUAUGCGGGAAAUCCAGAGUAUCAGAAAGCAUGGCGAGAGUACGUUAAGUUUCGACAUUUGAUUGCAAACAUGUCUAAGCCAUCAUUUGAAGACAAACGGAAAUUGGAAGCGAAGGAAAAUCGAUUACAGGAAAUGAGAACUCAAGGAAGAAUGAAACGUAAUGUCACGGUUGCAAUAUCAUCAAAAAAUUUCUUUCGAACAGGCAUAAUGUGCGAUAUUGUACAACAUGCAAUGCUUCUGCCAGUUUUGACAACACAUUUACGUUUCCAUCGAUCACUGGAAAGUCUUGAAACUAAGAUUAAUUAUAAAUUUACUAAUCGAUAUCUUCUUCAACUGGCAUUAACUCAUCCAAGUUAUAAGGAAAAUUUCGGAACUAAUCCUGACCAUGCAAGAAAUUCUUUAACAAAUUGUGGAAUUCGACAGCCAGAAUAUGGAGAUAAGAAGAUUCAUUACAUGAAUACAAGAAAGAGAGGCAUAAACACAUUAAUUAACAUUAUGUCACGUUUUGGUAAAGAACAUGAGGAACAGAGCAACAUAACGCACAAUGAGAGACUUGAAUUUCUUGGAGAUGCUGUUGUUGAGUUCAUAACAUCGAUUCAUUUAUUCCAUCUGUUUCCUGACCUAGAAGAAGGAGGUUUAGCGACUUAUCGUGCUGCAAUCGUUCAAAAUCAACAUUUAUCUAUUCUUGCAAAGCGAUUUGGUUUGGAAAAUUUUAUGUUGUUUGCUCACGGCAGUGAUUUAUGUCAUGAAUUGGAACUACGACAUGCAAUGGCAAAUUGCUUUGAGGCAUUAAUGGGUGCAUUGCUUUUAGAUGGAGAUAUAAAAAUUGCUGAUAAAGUAUUCUCGAUUGCUUUAAUGGAUGAUCCAACAUUGAAGGAUAUAUGGGAUGACUAUCCAUUACAUCCAUUGCAAGCACAAGAACCGAAUGGUGAUCGACAAUAUAUUGAUAAAUUUGAUUUGUUGAAAAAUUUGAGUAUUUUUGAGGAAGCAAUUGGAGUUGAAUUUACUCAUAUAAGAUUAUUAGCCAGAGCAUUUACAGAUCGAUCAAUUGGAUAUACGAAUCUGACACUUGGAUCUAAUCAACGUCUUGAAUUUCUAGGCGAUACAGUUUUACAAUUAAUUUGCUCUGAAUUUCUCUAUCGACAUUUCCCUGAGCAUCAUGAAGGUCAUUUAUCAUUGCUACGAAGUUCACUCGUAAAUAAUAAAACUCAAGCUGUCGUAUGUGACGACCUCGGAAUGACAAAAUAUGCAGUUUAUUCAAAUCCGAAAGCUGAAUUAAAAACAAAAGAUCGUGCUGAUUUACUUGAGGACUUCAUUAUGAAUCAAGAUUGGAAUGAUCCCAAAUCGAAACUCCAACAAUGUUGCUUAACAUUAAGAACUAUGGAUGGCAAUGAACCUGACAUUCCUUAUUAUAAGGUUGUUGAAUCAACAGGACCAACAAAUACGAGAAUAUACAAAGUUGCUGUAUACUUCCGUGAUAAGAGAUUAGCCAGUGCAACAGGACACUCUAUUCAGCAGGCAGAGAUGAAUGCAGCAAAGAAGGCAUUAGAAAAUUCCAAAAAUCUCUUCCCACAACUUGAUCAUCAAAAACGUGUGAUUGCAAAUAGCUUGAAGCGACAAAAAGUACAGAAACCGAAAGAAAAUGAUAGCAAUGAGAACUCAAUGGACUCAUUUGAAAAUACAAAAAAUAAAUCAGCAGAUUCAGAAGCUAGAGUACCGAAACAGUAUCAAAAGAGAAUUAAUAUUGUGUCUGAUGCUUCCGAUAUAAGCAGUUCAUCACUGGAUGAAGGAAGUUCUGACGAUUCUGAUUCUGAUGGAUCAAAAAGCAUGCAAAGUAGUUCAAGAUACAGUGGAACUAGACAGCAAGACGAGGAAAAUUAUGAAGAGACAAUUGUGGUUAAGCCAGCAGACUCUUUUGAUAAUAUAAUGGAACCGAUAUCAUCACCUGAACUUUCAGACAUGGCUAAUACAAGUAAGCAACUUGACGAUGUAUCUAGUGACUUGUCAGAAGGCGAAAUUGACGAAUCGAACAGUGAAAUGAAAUAAGAAUUUUAAUUUAUAGUAAUUUUUAUUAAAGAUAUUAAGCUUUUUCCUUAGUUUUGUUUUCAAUGAAAUUUAUUAACUGUAAUGCUUGAUUUAUCAAUGCAUUUUUGGGAAAUUAUAUGUGUAUGUGGAUUUAAUUCUCAUUUUCAAUCGAAAUAAAUUAACCAAUUUUUUCAAAAAAUCUUCUUCCUUUUCACAAUUUUUUUAACUUUCAGUAAUUUUCAAUCCCCAAAAAGUGCAGCUGGUGAAAAUUAAAUUAUUAUUUGUUAUUUAUUAUUUUUGUUUCCUUACUAAAAAGAUGGAUAUUUUCCUGUUGAAUUACUUUUUCUCUGAACUUUCUUCAUUCUUCCAUUCUUUUAUGAUCAUCAUAAUUAAUUUUUUUUUCAACAUGUAAAACAUUAAUAAUCUACUUGCGCGCGAAUAUAUUAGAAAUGUGAUUUCCUUUAAGCACUCGCUGCAAUAGUUGAAAUCGCCUCGGCUGCAAAGUAUUUUACGUCUACAUCUGAAUCGGAGUUCAAUUGUUCGAGGAUUGGUUUUAUUUCGCUUUCUGUUGUUGCUUGAUCCAAGAAUGGACUGACCUUUGAAAGUGUCUUAGCGACAUUAAAUCGAACAUUUGCUACUGGAUCUGCUGCGAGUGUUUUGAUGGUUGGCAAAAAUAAUCUCUUUAUGACAUCAGCACCGACGACGUCGGCAAGGGCGUUAUACUUAAAAAUUGCGAUACUUACGAUGCAAAUAGUUGUUAUUCUUGUACAUGACCAAUAUCUGUGGAAUAAUGUUUGUUUCUGCCCAUUGUGUACCGAAUGUCUGAACGAUUUUCUUCAUGUUGAGUGUGGCUGCUUCGCGAAUUGCAUAAACGUGAUCAUUUAACCAGUUAAAGCAUAAAUCUCGUAAUUUUUGAUUGAAAUAGUCCUGUCCUAAUUGUCCAGCCAAAAGAGGCAUGUAUUCAAUAAUAGCUAAACGAACACGCCAUUUUGAGUCCUCUGCUAAUUCAACGAUUGCAGGCAAAAGAGAUUGAGAGAGUUGUUGAAUGCCAAUAACGUCAUUGAUGCAAUCCAAUGUUGAUAUAAUAUUGAGACGUACUUCAGGCCACUCGUCAGUUAAUUGAGUCAAGAAUAGGGGAAGUAAAUGCUCAAUUGUAUUCUGUCGUCCGAAAAUUGGACUUAAGCCCAUAAUUACCGACGCUAAUGCUGAUUUGACAUGUUGAUUUGCAUCCGAAACGAGUUCCUUGAUAUAUGGCAAAAUUGAAGUCAUGAUGAUUUGUUCUCGAUUUGUUGGAUCUAAAUUAGCACAAAAGUCUUUGACCUUUGUUGCUGCUGAUGCUCGAACUUCUGCUUCUGUAUCUUUCAGUAAAUAUUGAAAAGCAGGAACAAGAUCAGUUUUUGUGAUUUCUGGUCCAACUGCUUUCUGUAAGUCCACAAAUUUUUCGGCAACAACGUAACGAACUCUCCAUGAUGAGUCACUAGCGCAUUGACGAAGUGUCGGCAUAACCAACUGAAGGAAAAUCCUCUUGUUGCAAAAGCUGAGCAAUGCUAACGCAGGCUUCGACGGCGAGUAAACGAACAGAAUCUUGAUCAUCUUGGGCGAGUUGAACAAACAUUGGUAUUAAAUCAGAUUUUAAGAAUUCAACUUCAACAACUUUGGCAAAUUCUCCCAAUUUUCCAGCUGCGGCUCUUCGAACCAUUGGAGUCUCAUCCUGACAAAGUUGUCUAAAUAGAUUACGAAGUUCUGCUUUCACAGAUGCUGGAACUCGUGGAUAACAGACUGAAAACAAUCCACAAGCUGAUGUUCUUGAUGUAAACCAUUCGCCAGACACAAGACGCUGUAAUGUCGGAAUAACAUGAACUUCCAAGUCAUGAGCACUGUGUUGAGCGGCAACAUUGCGCAGAGAUUCCACUGCUUUAUCACGUACGACAGUUUCUUCAACAGUAGCUAAACUUUCCAAUGGUGGAAUAAGAUACAUAGCAUAAUCU